AGACACAACCAUGAUGCAGUGAGACUAGUCUUAAAAACGAGGAUUAAAAAAGAUUUACAAAAUAUAUUUAAAGAAACUAAAUGUAAACAUUGUUUUCUCAUCAUUUUUAAAUAUCAGAGAUAAUAAGAGAGCUGCAUGGAUGUUGACACACUGAAGUCUCUGAAUGUUAAGCAACACAUCCUCAUUUCACAAAUAAAACUGAAGUUGUCAUUUUCGGCAACUUUGUCAAUAAUCACAUCGAUAGCACUCUGGGCCCCUUUUCCUCCUAUUGUAAAACACAUGUCAAAAACCUCGGUGUCUACCUUGAUGGUUCUUUGAAAUUGAAUAAGCAGGUGAGUGCAGUAGUCCAGUCCUGCUUCUUUCAGUUAAGACAGCUAGCCAAGGUAAAGCCAUACCUCCUGGCUAACGUCUUUGAAUGUGUUAUUCACCUUUUCCUUACUUGCAGAUUGGACUACUGCAAUUCAUUGUAUUUUGGUCUCAACCAGGCCUCCAUUCGUCGUCUUUAGAUGAUCCAAAAUGCAGCUGCUCGCCUGCUAACUGGUACCAAAUGGAGAGAGCAUAUAACUCCAGUUUUAGCUUCUCUACACUGGCUUCCUGUCUCCUACAGGAUCCAAUUUAAACUUUUACUUUUUGUUUUUAAGUCGCUUAACGCCCGAGCCCCUUCUUACCUGUCUGAGCUCACAAGGUCUAGCUCAAAAUUAAUGCCGUCCAUCCCACGGACUAAUCUCAGAUCUCAUGGCGAUAGAGCCUUCUCUGUGACAGGUCCCAGACUUUGGAAUAGUCUCCUCCUAAAUAUUAGAUCUGCACAAACACUUGAUCAAUUUAAAUCACUAUUAAAGACACAUUUUUAUGCCCUGGCUUUUAACACACUAUGACCCAAGCAUUUUGGUCUUAUUUUAAUAGACUUAGUUAUUGUUUUAAUUCUUUUAUUGUCCUAUCAUUGUUUUACAUUGUUAUUAUUGUUUUACAUUGUUUUUUCUUAAUGGCAUUUUUAUAUUGUUAAGCACUUUGUGCAGCACCGUCUGUCUGGAAAUGUGCUAUAUAAAUACAUUUGACCUUGACCUUGACCUUGACAUGCAAAGCUCUGCUUUAAAACACACACUAACCCCCAUUACUCUCAUGCAGACAUGCAAAAAUCUUCAAGCAGGAAUUUGAUGGUUCUGAUUGUUUGCAGGUUUUAUCACUUCACCAUCAAACAACACUUAAUCACCUUUUUCAACGUCGGUAUUUCUCUUUUCAGUCUCCACGACAACAACACAGAAUUUUAACUUCCAUGACACAUUCAGCAGGCUCAGACCUGCAGGAUGGAAACACUGGACUUGCCAACGCUGAAACUCUCGACUAUGAAGGAGUGGAAGGAGGAAACAUAACAUUUGAAUGUAAAUUUAGGAUCCCUGGAAGAAAGACAUUGUUCUGCAAAGACAAAUGUGAAAAAGGAAACGUUCUCAUUGAAACAGCUGAUUACACAGCUCAGAGCGGCAGAUACAGCAUUAAAUAUGAAAAAAAAUUAUUUCUCAAAGGAUAUUGUGUAUGUGAGCAUCACACAGCUGAAAAAGUCUGAUGCAGGAUUGUACAGCUGCACACUGGACACAAGUUUUGAACCAUGUGAUUUUCAGCUUGUCAUCACAGGAGCUUCAAACACUCCAACAUCUCAUGAACCUUUAUCAACAUCAACAUUUCUCUUAUCAGCUUCCACAACAACAACAACAACAACAACACACUUCAGUUCAGGAAGCUUCACACCUUCAUCAACCUCUCCUGAAACACCGUCAUCAGGCUCAGGUGCAGAUAAGCUGCUUUACAUGAUUCUGACUCUGGUUCUUAUGAUCAUCAUCUUAUCAGCAACUUUGCUGAUUUUCUACAAGAACAGGAAGGCCAUUAAACCCAAAGGGCCUCCUGUGGAAACAGAGUAUGCCAACAUUACACGGGCCAAGCAAGAAAUAAGAGAGGGGGCCCCACAGAGGAAGGUGGAAAUGCCUUCAAUUUCCACCACUGCCAAAGGCCCCCAACCAGAUGGAGCUGAAAACAUCGACCUCUACAACCUCACCACCUGUUCUCAGAACAAAGCUGAAGACGACAUGAAUAAAGUUAAUUAUGCUGAAGUGGAUUUUUCCCACAUUCCUGCCACCAACAGCGCCUCCCUGUGUAAAACGGAUGAAGUUGUCUACUCCACACCUCUGGUGCAUACCAGCCCUUCCAGCCUCACCACAGAUGCUUCACCUCGUCUGUACUCUGCAGUUAAGAAACAGUAUUAAUGCUGCUGAUGGCACUUUCCCUCUCACAAAGAUCAACAAGUGAUUAUAAUUCAGACAAAACUGAAUGUUCUUUUCUAUUUAUUGCAACUAUUAAUGUCCUUUCAAUCAGUUAAUCUCAGGUUAAAGAUGUUUCUUUAUGACAGCCGUUGAUAGUUUAGUUUAACUUAACAGAAAACUAAUCCUGCUAUUCCCAUUAAUAUUUCCAUUGAAACUUUGUAGGACAGAUUCAAUUAAACAGUUGCAUAAAGCUCUGCAAACUGACUAGUAACACUCCAUACCUGUCCCUUGGGUAGUACAUUGCAUUUAGCUGUUGGAUUUCCAGAUAGUAAUCCUAUAACCAAGCAUGUGUCUGUAAUUAUGCAGCAGUAUUAGAGAUCCCUAAUUGUAGUUAUCAAAAAGGCCAUUUUUAUUGUGGCUAACACUCUGGAUAGAGGUUUACCUCAAGACCAUUCUACCUCAACUCAUGCUCCAUAACUUUGGCUAACGGUGUGCAUGGUUGAUCAUUUUAAAAGCAUGUAUUUUAAUCAAAUAUUAGUUUGUUUGUUUUUUUACCAGACCUGAAAAAAACCUGAUACUAAAAAGAAACAAAUUAAGGAAGCUGCAAAACAAAACAAAAGACAAAGAAACUGUUAUUAUAUUAUGUUAUCAUUCCAGUUUACUCUUACCAAAGCCAUCCUGGUCCUAAACAACUUUUACCUAUGUAUAAAAUCACAGCAGAAAUAAACUGUGACCUGCUACAAGCAGGUGGUUAACAAGCUGUCAUGGUGGCUACAUCCAUCUUUCAGAUACAUUCUUUAACCUCCUAGGACCUGGCGUUCACAUAUGUGGAAAAUACAUUUUGGGUUGUCUAGACCAAAAUACCCAAUUUUGCUCUACAAGGGCCAGAGAUC